AUGGAUAAACAAAAGAAGCCUCUCAAGAGCGCACUCAAGAAGACCACCCCUGCCGCAGCUGCACCUGCGGCUCCCACCGCACAAAAGCGCAAGCACACCCCUUCCGUCUCCACAAAGACCUCUUCAGCCAACAACAACACCACCAACAACAACAAGCGUACCAAACCCGACCCUUCCUCGAACAACAGCAACAAGAACAAGAACAACAAGGUCACCUCAGGAUCAAAACCUAACGCCAACGCCAAGAAGGUCGUGAACUCCAAGCCCAACAACAAAAACAACAACAACGGAAAGAAGGGAGGACCCGUCACUGGAGGCGUCAAGAAGGUUACUGUUGCCGCACCCGUCAAGAAGGUGGUUGCCAAGCCCAAGAAGGUCGAGGUUGUCCCUGAGGGUGCUACCUUGGAGGAUUUCAGAAUUGUUGCAGGAACUUAUGAAAACAUUCUCUAUGGUGUUGACGCCUAUUGGAAUGAGGACAUGACGCUGAGACUGUCGCCAAUUUUCAUUUUCCCAGCUCACAUCGGCUGCAUCAAAUCACUAGCCAUCGGCGGCCACUUCCUGGCCUCAGGCAGCACCGACGAAAAGAUCCAACUCUACGAUUUGAAGCGUCGCAAGGAACUCGGCGCCCUUCUCCAACAUCAGGGCACCAUCACGGCCUUGACAUUCCACACCAAAACCCACAUGCUCUCUGGAUCGGACGACGGCAAGAUCUGUGUCUGGCGUACAAAGGAUUGGGAGUGUCUCAAGAUCAUGAAGGGUCAUCAGGCGUCUGUUCAUUCGAUUGCGAUCCACCCUUCGGGAAAGAUUGCACUGUCGGUUUCGGUGGAUCACUCGGUGAGGUUGUGGAAUUUGUUGUUGGGAAAGCAGGCUAGUAUGACGCGUUUGCAGGGAGAGGGACUGAGGGUUGUUUGGAACCCUUCUGGUACUGGGUACUCGAUUAUGUUUGAUCAGGAGAUUGGCAUCUACGACAUGGCUACGGCAAAGUGCAUUCGCACGAUCAAGCCCGCGAAAAAGACGCGUCUGAACACAAUGCUCUACUACAAGGACGACUACCUCAUCGUUGGCUGCGAGGACAAGAUGGUCCGGAUCUACAACACCACCACAGGCGCACUGGUCAAGACCCUCGUCGGCCAUGGCAACCGUAUCAAGGACCUCGACCUCGUCACCGUCCCCUUCACCCCCGAGGAGACCUCCAACGUCAAGUUUGUCGGCCGCUCAGGAACCAAGAUGUGCGAUCUCUUGACGAGUGUUUCUUCAGAGGGCAAGAUCUUGGUCUGGAACUUGGAGGAUGUUGUUGCGCCUGCUGCUUCGACGGAGGAGAUGAUGAUGAAGAAGUUUAUUGGAGAGCAUAAGACCGAUAUGAGGGUUACUUGUGUCUCGGUCCAGAAGGGCAUCUGGAAGAAUAAUGGUGUUCAGAGUGGUGCUGCUGAUGGUGAGGAGGAGGAGGAGUCUGAGGAUGAGCUUGAGGUUGCUGCUGCUGAGGAUAGCGAGGAGGAGGAGGAAGACAGCGAAUAG